AUGACUGGUGCAGGAGAAGAAUCCACUGAGCAGGAAGAAGACAGAGAGGAGUAUGAGGGUAAAUGCGAUGGUGUCUGUAACACGCGGAAUUCCCAUUGUAUACAAGCUUGCCCUCCAGACACACAGGGAAAUAUGGAAUAUUUAUGCAUGAAAAAUAAAUAUCACAAAGUUAUCGAUACUUGCCGAACCCUUAACAUCUUCACCAUCUUUGAGAAUUCACAUUCACUUCAACAAUUUGGAGAAAGUAUGAACAUCGACCAAUAUUCUGGAAAAGAAGAGACCAUUACAGAGAUGUUAAUGCAAAAAUGUCCAGAGGAUUUGGCUUGUGUCAUUAAUGGCAUUCGCCAUUCUCCCCGGAUACCAGGAAACAUUGCUAUGAUUGUGGAGCUCUUACACAACAUAUCAACAGAGCUAAAGUCACAUGUCAAUGAGGCAAAGAUGCAGAGCUACAGCAUCAUGGCCAACCACAUCCUUAACAGCAGAAGCAUCUCAAACUGGACCUUCAUCCCUGAGAAAAAUAGUAGUGGUGUCCUGCUACAUUCAAUCAACUCCUUUGCAAGAAAGCUAUCUAUAAAGAAAGAUCCCAUUAACAUCUCAGACACCUUCAUUCACAUCAAAGGCACCAUCCUAUCGGGAGGGAAUACUGAAAAUAAUUUCACUUUUUCAAUGAGAGUCAACGAUACUGGACAUAAAGUCACUGGGAACGUGUUCAUUGCAAAAGAUGAACUCUGGAAGCCGACUUCCUCCUCUCCUGUUGUCAGUAUUGCGUUUCCAACCCUUGGGGCCAUCUUGGAAGCCAGCCUUUUGGAAAACACUGCAAAUGUGAAUGGGCUCGUCCUGUCUAUCAUUUUGCCCAAGGAACUUAGAAACAUCUCAUUGACUUUUGAAAAGAUCAACAAGUCUGAAGAGAAGAGGACACACUGUGUCGGCUGGCACUCCUUGGAGAAUAGAUGGGACCAGGAGGUGUGUCAGAAGGUUCAAGAAAGUGCUGAGCAAGUUGUUUGCAAAUGCAAGCCACACAGAUUCUUUACGUCUUUUUCAAUUCUUAUGUCACCCCACGGUGUGGAGAGCCAGAUCCUGACUUACAUCACCUACACAGGCCUGGGCAUUUCAAUUUGCAGCUUGAUUCUUUGCUUGUUUAUUGAAGCCUUGGUUUGGAGUCAAGUAACAAAGACAGAAAUCUCCUAUUUACGCCACCUGUGCAUUGUAAAUGUUGCAGUCACCCUGCUGAUGGCUGAUGUGUGGUUCAUUGCGGGUUCCUUUCUUGGUGGCCCAACAGCACACCAUAAUGGCUGUGUGGCAGCAACCUUUUUUGUUCAUUUCUUCUACCUUUCUGUGUUCUUCUGGAUGUUGGCCAAGGCACUGCUUAUCCUCUAUGGAAUCCUAAUUGUUUUCCAUACAUUGCCCAAGUCAGUCCUGGUGGCAUCUCUCUUUUUAGUGGGCUAUGGGGGCCCUUUGGUCAUCGCUGUCAUCACAGUUGCUGUAACUGAGCCUGGUCAAGGCUACUUGCGUCCAGAGGUGUGCUGGCUCAACUGGGACAAGACCAAGGCCCUCCUGGCAUUCGUGGUUCCAGCCCUGAUCAUCGUGGUGGUAAAUUUGACCACGGUCGCUCUGGUGAUUGUUAAGACCCAACAAGUGACCAGUGGUAGUUCCAUGUUCCAAGAAGUGAGAGCCAUUGUGCGGAUCUGUAAGAAUAUCGCCAUUCUCACACCACUGCUGGGACUGACUUGGGGAUUUGGAAUCGCCAUAGUCAUCAAUGAUAGCUCUGUGGUCUUCCACAUUAUCUUCUCCUUGCUCAAUGCUUUCCAGGGCUUCUUUAUCCUGGUGUUUGGAACUAUCCUGGAUCCUAAGAUAAGAGAAGCCUUGAAGUGUCGAGUAACCCCUGCAAAAUGGAUCUCCAGAUUAUCAGAGGUGUCUGGUCCCCAGGUAGUAAUCUUUUGCUGUGCUGAUCUUCUGACGCCUGCUAGUGACUGUCAGGUUCGUGCUCAAGUCAUGGCAGCUGCCUGCACAACAGAGCAAAAUGCUAGCUGCUCCAUCGUGUGCUGUGGUUUGGACUUUUGGAGUUUAUGGGAUUGCCACUGGUUGAAUUUUGGAACAUUUCAUCUGAUUUCUCUCGUCAUCCCACCAAAGGACCGAGCUAACAAACUGGACUACACACCUAACUUGGGAGGUGCGUGCAAAGCAAGGAGGUUCUUAGAGGCAACUUAG